UCCGUGUUUAAGAACAAAAACGAGUAAACAAGCGUCGAAGUAAAUUGCUCUAUAUAUUAUAUGGUUGCGAGCAGAAACUCGAAACUUCUGGCCAAUCUUGCGUGUAAGAACAAUAUAAAAAAAAUACGCCCGUUGCAUGUGUGCAGAGUUGGAAUUUUGUAUGAUUCUAAGGUCCGGGUCGAAAAUUUGGCCAAUUUCGGUAAAUGAAAAAAUUGGCGAAAUUGUCAUUGAAAGGUCAAUGAAGAAACUUCUGUUGACAGUCAAUCAUGGUCCUGGGGAAAGAAGCCUUCUCAGCUUCUAAAGCUAAUCCAUAACAGUGCGUGCAACUGUACUACUGCACGAUGAGUUGCUGAGUCCGAAGCUUCAAUGCGAUAUGACAAGUUCCUUGGAAAUCUUCAAAAACGUCACGAGUCAUCGGCAGAGAAACUUGGGAAUCUCGGAUGGCAAUGAGGUUGCAUCUCGAAGAGAAAGUGUGGAGGCAUGAAUGGAAUGGACGAAAAGUGACGUUUCUCUGAAUAGAUUGUGCGGUGACAAGCUCUCUUCGUCAGGAACACCAUCUGUCAAGUUCACCUUUGACCAAGCAAAGCAUCCGUAGCAUCCAGACACCAUGAGAUGGCAGCAGAACCAUCAACAGCUAAUCACCUUUGACCGUCACACGUGAACCAAAAGCGACAAGACUAUGACCUCGUGACCGACAAGAGUUCGCGCAUCUGUUCACCGUGUCCCUUCCAUGUUCGCCAUGACCUAUCUUGGCGCCCAACUCGUCGAAGCAAAUGAAUCUUGGUUCUUCCAGAAAUUAGCCCAACCCAUGCCCCUGGGCAUCCAGAAGUGGAAGCCAUCGAGCCAGCAAAGAGCUCCCUCUCUCUCUCUCUCUCUCUCGCGCUAGCUCGCUUCACAAUCUGCCGCAUUUUCCCCGCCAGAGAAAGGCCAAUCUGGGCCAGCACUUUUGCUGCGCAUAAUUCAUAUUCGCCACGUGUGUCAUGGCAUUGUCACAGUCAUAGUCAUCGCCAGAGAGCUGCGUCACGUGCACGAUCUGCGCUCGCAAAUUGAGAAGCCUGGAGGACAUUUCCGGGUUCGAGCAUGUCGAGCUUCCCGAAUGGCCAAACAACAGCAGCAGCAGCUGCUCCGUAGGGCUUGCACACUCGACGAGCGCCACAAUGUCUCACGUGAAAGCGAUCCGUCGACAUUGAGCGGAUCGAAUCUUAUCCAGUCCGAUCCAAUGUCCUCGUUCUCGAUUCCUGGGGCCAACAAAAUGCUCGAGCGGGCGGCGAUUCGAGGUCGGAGCGAAGCCUCGUCGUGCGAAGAGAAUGGAAGGUUCUUCUGGCGCAGGAUGCUCAGAUCGACCCGAAUGUCCGCCCCUGCAAAAGGCUAAUUAAUGAAAAUGUCGAUUUCAAGUCCUAAAGCCCGGGACCUCGAAAUCUUUGCUCAGCGCGAACUGGCACCUCCAUUUGCACAGAGGAAGCCAAAGCCACGUCAUCUAUCAUUUCAGUAACUUGACAGCUACUUUUUAUUUUUAUUUCUUCUGGGGUAGAGUGGACCAAGGGAUGAGGAGAUCUGGACCGAACAGGAAAUAGGUA